AUGAGCAAAAUCCGUCUGAUCUGCGGAGAAUUCGGUCCUUUUGAAUCGAUGGAACGCGUUCAGGUGCCGUUAUGGUUGGCAAUCACGUUAAAAAGAGAAAAUAAAUGUAGAAUCGUUAUGCCGGAUUGGAUGCGGCUGAGUAGGGUUUUAGAAAAGGACAAAGAGAUGGAGUUGUCGAAUGAGUCGCGUUUGUCUGACUUGCCUGAACAUUACAUCGAAAUAUCGCGUCUGUUGCUGGAAAACUGCGAGGACGAUAUCGAAGAUGCGAAGGAAGUGCGAUCUACCAUUGACGCGAUCAUUAAGGUUCGCGAAAACUGUCUGAACGAAUUCCGAGGGAGAGUCAUCGACUAUGUGUCGAGCGCAGUGCAGCAAAAUCGCAACCAGGAAACAUACGAUGAGUUCGUCCGAAGACCCUUUUACAAUGUACCCUUCUCUGCGUAUCUUCCUUCGAGGCGCAUCGCCUCUUCUCGCACUUCCUCCCGGUGCUGGAGGAGCUCAACAAGCUCGAGAAUCUUCGUCGUCAGGUGCUUUCGCGCCCUUUCCUUGUUUGUUCCCACAAACACUCCGUGA